UAACAUCUUCACCUCAACUCCAUUGCCUAACUACCACUCUUUCCUCUCUUCAAAGCAAUCACUUUUUUUUGUUCUCUUCUUUCAAAUUUCACUCUCACAAAACAAAACACCAUUCAAACUCUCUCUCCCAACAAGGAAUAUACCCUUUGAUCCCAAAACCUUCCCCCUUUCCCUUUCUCUACUCUCUCCCUCUUUUCUAUUAUUAUAUUAUUAAAUAUCCAUUCAUUCUCACUUAACACACUCCAAACACCUCUCUCUCUCUCUCUCUCUCUCUCUCUCUCUCUCUCUCUCUCUCUCUCUCUCUCUCUCUCUCUUAAUAUGCAACAACAAGUGGCAUCAGAAGUUCAACACCACCAACUGAAAAAAAAGAACCAAGAAACACAGAUGUGUAGAAAACUCAAACUAAGUAUCACUGAUCACAACAACCUCAAACUCACAACCACCGUUGAUAACGAUGACGAUGAUGUUUGUGACAAAAUAGACGGCGAGGAUCUUUUCAUUCCACCUCUCAAUUUCUCUAUGGUUGAUAAUGGCAUUUUCCGUUCCGGUUUCCCUGAACCUUCCAACUUCUCUUUCCUCCAAACCCUUGGCCUUCGCUCCAUCAUAUAUUUGUGCCCUGAACCAUAUCCAGAAGCUAACAUGGAGUUUCUCAAGUCAAAUGGAAUCAAGCUUUAUCACUUUGGAAUUGAGGGUCAUAAGGAGCCAUUUGUAAACAUCCCAGACGAUACUAUUCGGGAAGCCCUAAAAGUUCUUCUUGAUGUAAGGAACCACCCAGUUAUAAUCCACUGUAAGCGAGGAAAGCACCGAACAGGUUGUUUGGUCGGAUGCUAUAGAAAGCUCCAAAAAUGGUGCUUGUCGUCUGUUUUCGACGAGUACCAACGCUUUGCAGCUGCAAAAGCUCGAGUUUCAGAUCAGAGGUUUGUAGAGUUGUUUGAUAUUUCAAGCUUGAAGCAUAUGCCUAUACCAUUUUCAUAUUUGAAGAGGUAACAACAACAAACAUCAAAAAACAGUUAUGCUAAACUGGGUUUUUCUUUCAUUAGCUAGUGAAAGUGAAUCUGAAGAAAAGACUUUUGAAUAAAUAAAAUAGGAAAAGGUGAUGGAUGAACUUGUUCAAUGCAUUGAAGCAAACAACAAAGGAAUAAUUCUUCUUCUUUUUCUUCCAUUUUUUAGAAUAAGAUAAGAAAAAUCAUCAAGUAGUAUAUUUUAGUAUAGCAAGAAUGUAAGAUGUAUCUGUGUUUGUGUUCCUAGUAUUCUGUUUUUGUGUUUUGUUUUUCUGCUCUUGAUUCAUGAGCAAUGAGAAUGUAGAUUAGUCUUGAUUUUUUUCUUGAGGCUAAGAAAAAUUCAAGAAAGCUAUAAAAAGCAUUGUUUUGUCAGCAGAGAAAGUUUAUAAUUUUAUAUUUGCUAUAUUGAUUUUUGCUUUA